AUGUUUGGGGCAAAGGCAGUCAUCCUUCUUGCCAUGGCAGUGUCGGCCAAAGCCGAUACGUGGGUGAGGCUCACACAGUACUCGGACCCGACGUGCACGAAGAUCGUCGGCUACGGCGACCUCUUCCUAGUGGAUACCUGCUCCCAAAACCUGAUGGCCACAGUUCAGGGCACAGAGGUCACGGUCACCUCCUACAGCUACAACACCGACAGCAAUUGCGAAACUGCCACUGGAUCAAGCUGGACCGGGACGGCCGACACCUGCUCCAGUACUGGGACGCGGUACCAAAAGGCUACAAUCUUCACUGCCCCCAGUGCAACUGCACAUUACUUCGCGGAGUCCAAUUGUUCCCAGCUUCUUGAAAGUUCGCCCAUUCCGCUGAAUACCUGCAUCACCGCCGGCUUGUCGGCGAAGUAUGAGUGCGAUGGGGACAUGAUCAAACAAAAGGGCUACCGGACGACGGACUGCGCAGGCACAGAAAGCCACGUUACCAGUUUCACGAUGAACGUGUGUGAGGGAUGGGUUAACUAUAGCUCCACAGCGUGUGCCAGUGCUGAAUCAAGCUCUGCAGAUGCAGCGGAUGGCAUUGCCACCUUUGUUGGGUUGGGCCUCUUCGCAAGCCUGCUGUAG